AACAACACGGGGAAGAAAUUUCGUAACUCUUUGAAAGCGCGUUUGCGGUUUACGGUUUUCCUCCUCCGUCGUGUCCGAUUGUUCGAUGAAGAAGACUGUGGCUGCUGCCUUUUGAGACGUGUUUCAGGUUUCACAGUGCGUUUAAUUUUUGCUUAGAAUAAUCCGUGUAAAACUGAGUACGACAGCCGUCGGAUCUUAAGUGCAAGAACGUCAUCAUCUCGCGGUAGUGAAUUUGAUAUGCCCUGAAUAAUUGUGCGGAUUUUCACCGAAUCGUUCCAAAGUUCAGAGACGUAAAGUGUUUCCGUUCGAACGGUUUGAUUGUGUACGUGUGUGCGAAAUAUUCUCGACUCAUUAUUAUUGUUGCUGUUGCUAGUAGUGCUACUUGUACCAUCACGGUCGGAUAUUAUUUGUUCCGGAAGAAUUUCUGCAAAUUGCAAACCUAUCAUCGUCCGUACGGGAAGUGUUUACUGGCAGAAUCUAACCAAGGAUAAACGAGCUGAAUUUGCAAGUGGAUCAAUUGUGACAGCCGAUUGCCGCAAUCCAGUCAUCGCCAUCGAUUUAUUACUGAGGAAUAACAGCAAUUGAAUAUUUUCGCACAAGAAAAUAUUCAUUUUGUGAAUAACCGAAGAUGAUGAUCUAAACCCUAUUUCUGGUUCCGGAAAAGAACAGAUCACACGUCAUUCGACCCGAAAAUGCCAGCUCUCGCUGUAGACUGUCAGUUCGGAGAGCGCCAGUCACUCCACCACUUCUUUUCCCGCUGAGAAGCUGAACCCGGAGGCUGCACAAGCCGCACCAUAUUUGGAGCCCCCCAACCCGAAAAAGGACACCCCAUUUCACACACACCGGAUCUUGUAAAAUUCGCCACAAUGAUGAAGUCACCAACCGGAGAGGAAAAUGCACGAACCACGCCGCCAAGCAGCAAACAGCAACCGGAGCUGGCCAGCUCCGGGUCAGGACCGGCGGUGAUGGCUGCUCCUUCAACGAUGGCAUCCAUUUCGACACAAACUGGAAACGGAUCACGGAUGAACCCUCCACCACCACCACCACCUCUGGUGGUGGGAACCACACAAAAUCAACCACCAACGCCGUCAAGCAAUGGCGCCGGAUGUUUCAUUAAACCUUCACUUUCGCUCAAUUCCCUACCGCCGCAGGCGCCUCCCGAGGGUUCCGAAAUGGCCCAAAACCGACUGCGUAUCGAUCGACCCUACAGCAGCUUGAAGAAAAAACGCGAUUCCGAACGGGAACUGUGGCGCCGGUCGUGGGGCAGUGGCCACAGCCACAGCUCGUGCAGCCUGCAGAGCAGCACCGCGACCGGCAUCGGUAAGGACGAUUUUUGGGCGGCCCUCCAGACCAACUACAACUUCAUUAUGGACACCAAUCUGCUCGACAGCUGCCGGGAAGCUCGUGGCGAAAUCGAAGGUCCCGUAGUUCGAGCGGAGGAAGAUGACGUGGACUGUUGUCGGAAGGCUUUGUACAAUCCGUCCCCGAUGCAGACGUUCUACGGGGAUCCACGACUGCUGCGCCAGUGGAUACGGGAGAUGGAGAAACGGUUGUCGCGCGCAUCCUGCGCCUCCGUGACGGAGAUCAAAAAGAUGAAGACCGACCAGCUGCUGAAGCUGUCGGGAGAACAUUCGGAAAUCUACCGUGAAAUAAAAUCCAACUCGCGUGCUGUUGCGGCCUGUGUUCGUGCUUACGAGAAAAAAUCGGCCAAGGCGAGCAAAUUUUCCAGCAAUAUCUCCGGAGUCGCCAGCGUAGCCUCGUCGUCAUCGUCGACGGCCACCAGCAAUAAGAAAAAUAGCAACAACAACAAUAGCAAUAGCAGUAGCAGCACCGCCGGAGAGCAAACCGGGCCCGCUUCCGGUUCUGGAUCGCUGACACCGGAGGUUCCGGACACGGCACAACCCGGCCCAUCGACGUCGGCCUACUUUACGACAGCCGCCGGCUACGAACGCCCGCCCGAUCGGAGUUUCCCGGAGGAAAAGUUGUCUGCCGUCAAGCUCAGUGGCAAAGCGAAGGAGAAUAGCAUCGUCAAGGGACUUCAGCGGCGGUAUCUUUUGCUAUAUUUGAAGGCAUUCGAGUUUCAGCUGUUGCUGGAAGGAUUGUUGGAUAAUAAAAACUCGAGCUCUGAUAACAACGCCAGUCUCUCGGACACGGAUGAGGAGCCCGUCAAUAAGCUAGCACGCCUCAGCAAUUCCAAAUCGAAAUCGCCCGGCUCUUUGCAGAAUGACUGCUUGAGUGGCGAAGAAUGGGUUAAAGCCAAGAAGCUUUCAAACGCUGGUUUCGAUGCCGAUUCCGAGGGCAGCGACUGUGAAAUUGUGCCUAAAAUUAUCACCUACAACCAUCACCACCAGCAUCAUCCCGGUAGUCCCACGACGACUACGACGGCCACCACCAACACGCCGUCGAUACCUCCGCCACCUUCCACUGCUAAACUGUAUCUGCCGGAAGCAGUCACUGCGAAUCCUAUGAUGGAAACAGACAUUGGCGACCUAUCGACGAACACGAUUACCACCUCCAGUACCAGCAUCAGCAUUGCGGUGGACAGCACAACGACGACCUCGUCACCCGUCGAUGCUGCCGACAGCAAGAGUCUAAGCGAUGAUAUCAUUGAUGGCAUUAUCCGCGAGGCCACCAGCCAAGACCGUAUUAACAACAACAGUAGCAACAAAGAUGCUAGCAGCACCACUCAACAGCCGAGCAAAACAUCCUCCCCGAAGAACAAACAAAAGCGGAACAAAGCAAACGAUCUGUCCAAGUUCAACCGAUCGACCAGAAAGUCGAAAAACUGUGCCACAUUCUACUUUAAGCACUUGGACACCGAUUCGGAGCUGAACAAGGACUCGAGCGAACAGGUCAAGUCGGACGAAAGCUCGAGCUCCUCCGAAGGGGACGAAUGGGUGUACAACAAUGGCGAUGACGACGGUGCCAACCAGGAAGCGGAAAGCAGUCCGGACAGUGGUUCCGGCUCCGGUUCCGGUUCCAGUUCCGACCCAGCCGCUGCUAAACCACCAACCAGCACAAGCCGUGAAGUGAUCCCCCUCGGGGAGGAAGACGAGAAGGAAAACAAACCGGACCCUAGUGGUUUUGGUGGUGAAGAUAAGCCGAUCGGCGGCACUCUUCCGACCAUGGCCAUCAGCGCCAAGAAGGAACUGAAGUCAAAGAAAUGUUUGGACUUUUCGCAGGAAGUUCCCGGCUCCGGAAUGAAUCGAAUCGGUAGCCGAGCGCUGAUGAUGACUUCGAUUGGAAGUUUUGGCAAAAGUUCCGAUUCGGUGGACAGUGGCAGCAAGAGUGGAUCCCCGCUGGUCGCAAAGCAAUAUGCGACGAGUUCGAUUCAAAGGUUAGUGCUGCAUGCCGAAACGCUUGUGCGGGACGAAAUUUUCGCAAAGACACCCAAAACGGUUGUGAAGAACCCUCAUUAUCUGCACCACAACCAUCACCACCAUCACCAUCAUCUCCAUCACCACCAGAACCAUCAGCAUCAGCAACUGCAACUGCAGCAUCAGCUUCAGCAGCAUCAGCGCUAUCACGCUGCAACAACCGGCGGCGGUGUCGGCGGUGGCAGUAUUAGCAGCAACGUCAACCACAGUAUCGUGAGCAGUGCUGGCAAUCGGAAGGUGGAGAAAGUGAUGAGCAAUCUCAAGAUCAACCGGAUCGAGGAAUGGCUCGAAAAGCAGCCACUCGACGUCGCCGCCACGGCCCCGUUACUGCCCGGUUCCGGUCCCACAACUGAUUGCGAAGCAUCCGGCGAGUACACCGAUUCCGAUUCGAUCACCCGCGACACGGACAGCUCGGAAGGGUUAGCCAACUCCGUCGCUACCUGCUUGCAGGGUAACGACGCAGCAACGUCGCAGGAAAUGCUAACCGACAACGUGUACCCCUCGGAGAUGUCAACCGUGUCCAACGACGAAGUCGAAUCGAAGAACAAUUCCAACUCCAACCCGUCGCUGGUGAAGCGACGUGUCAACAAACCAACCGGUGAACGGCCUUGGUCGGUAUCCUGUAUUUCCCAGCUUAACACCUCGGCGGUUGAAAUAAAUCAGUAUGGCGAGCGGCUGGAGAAGCACCAGAACCAGCGGCUGAUGGCGAGUUUUUCGAUCAGCGAGUCGGCUCUGAAUACGAUGUCCGCCAUGCGGGGCACGAUGAAGCCGACUACGGCGACGACGGCCAGUGCCGCGGCGAUGAUGCUAGCGGCCACAAGCAGCAGCGGUGGGGGCAGCCAACAGCCGCUGAUGACGAAAAGCACCGACAGCAAAAGUUCACUGAAAAAACGAAAGCUACGCUCCAGGAGAAAGAAUCGCAUAGACGAGUCCGGAUCCGACGAGUCGCAGCCUCACACCCAGCAGUCUUCUGCAUUGCAUCUUCUGCAGCACUCGUUAAUUCUCCAGCACCAGCAGCAGCUGCUUCAACAGCAGCAACAACAACAACAACCAUUAAGAGAAAUUCAACUUUCAGCCGGAAGUAGCAGCGGCAGUGGUCGCCAGCAGCACCAGCACCAAUCCGGUGGCAAUCAUCGGGGAAGCCUGCUCAAGUCCGAGUCCUUCUCCGGUCGGAUUCGACUAUCGGACGACUUGGUCACGCUGUCGUCCCUGUCCGGCUCGUCUGGAUCCCGCAAAUCGUUCUCUGCCCGGCAGACGACGAGGGGAACGACCAUGACGACAAUGUUGGCCACGGUUACGACGAAGAAAUCGGCUCCGGAUAGCGAGGAGGACCAGAACCAACAGCAGCAGCAACAGUCGGCGGCAUCGAUGCCGAAGCCCAACUUCAAGAUCGGUUCCAGCGUAACGCGCGCUCGCUGUGGUAGUGUCAAUCUAGGAUCAUUAGCCGCGCUGGCUAAUUAUAAUCUAGAUGGGGUAGAGCGAGCCGGCGAAACGGAUCAGAAUGGCACAGGAACAGGCACGGAGGAGAUGAGUAGCUUCUCGGAGCAAGCAUGGGAUAACUACCAGGAGAAAUACAUGAGCGAACCGUACUCGGAGGAUCGCGACACGGACGCGGCACGGCGCCUGCUGGACUUCGGCGACGACUAUCGCAACUUCAUCGACUCGCAGUCCGACUGUGCGUCGUCCUCGCUAUCGGCAGCCAACAUGGACUCGCUGUCACCGCCACGCUUUCGCAAGAAUGACCCGCUCGGCAAGAGUUCGGAGCCGAGUGCGAACUCGCUGAACCGGCGGAAGCGACUGGACGAGUACCGGAUGGACGAUCGCUACAGUCACAACAUGAACUCCUGGUCCAGCAAGUCGGGCAGCCCGCCGCACCACUCGCUCGGGCUGGACAAAUCGCUGACGGCCCGCGGCAAGCAUCACGUGCUGUACGAAAGCCCGGAUCAGUCCGGUGCGAGCGGAACUGGCGGCGGUGGCGGCGGCCUGGGUAGCGGUCGCCGUCGGUCGCUGCGUUCCGUGGACAAGCACAAUAGCUUCCUGCGCUCGCUGUCGCACGAAACGAGCUCCAGCUCCAACAACGAGUUCGACGAGGACAUGGAAGCGGAAAUGAAGAAGCUGCUGAUCCAGAGCAAGCUGCGCUUCGCCAACACCGAAGCCCUCAAGGCCAAGUCGCACCUGCUCAAACCGGAGGACUAUGACGAAAUCAUCAAGACCUGCCGGGAGAACGUACGCUGUCUGGAAACGGUGCUGCUGUCCCAGCCGGGAACGGUUCUGACGGCGGCCAAGUGUCAGGAUUUACGAGAUACCGUCCUGUGCUGGGAGAAACUGCUGAGCUGGAGCGAACGGCGACAGAUAACGACCCAGUUCCAGACGGAAAUUCAAACCCUGAAGGAUGUGCUGGACGAGCUGGGCUGCAAGGCGUUCGAUUUCUCCUCCGAGGCACACAUUCAGCUUGCCAUCGACCAGCUGAAGAAUGAACGCAAGGUGCUGCAGAAUCAGCGCCCGAAAAUGCUGACGUUGAAUGCCACCGUCCACAACUGGGUUUCGGCUCAGGAAAUGCAACGAAAAGAGCUGCUGGACGUUUCCACCGUCGAUGCUCAGAUGGAGCAACUGAAUCGGGACAAAAACUUCGGCAAAUGUACCGAUCAAAAGUGCGGAGCCUGUUACGAUUGUCUGAACGAACUGCGGGAGGAUUGCACCAUCAACCGGGAGCUGAAGGACGGAAUCACCCAACUGUACGGUACCUGGGAUGAGGCCGAAUUGCGAAUAAGAAACCGCAUCGAGAACCUAACCAGUUCGAUGAUGACCUGGAAGCAGCUGGAGGAUGGUUUGAGUGAUUUCAAAGACAUCCUCGACCGAGAUCGUGGGAAACUUCAGGGGAUUGAGGGGGCCCUGCAAAGCGGGGCCGGAAGAACCGACGAAAUGGUCAAUAGUGUCAAGGAAGUUGUCAAAGCUCUGUCCGAGAAGGCUGAGCCGCUUUUUCAGGAGCAUAAUAGCCCCAUUCCGGUCAAUCUUAAGCUCUCGUCGAGUGGGUCUCUUUCUGAUAGUGGCAUUUCCGAUGGUGGUGGCAUGUCUGACGGCAGCCUUUCUGAGCGCGAGAAACGCUUGAGUGCACUGAAGCGGCUAGUCAAGCAGCUCGAGGUGGCCCUGGCACCGGGCAGCGAAGCCAUGCAGUGCAUCACCAAACGCCUGGAGAUGGCGGAGCACGAUCUGCGAUCGCUGCAGAAUACCUGCCGGAAGAUUAUCAUGAACGAAAAUGACGGCACGACGGGGGUUAUCCGAAAUGGGGACCUCGCCGUCGGGUCGUACGAGGAAACUAUUGGCAAUAACAACGACGCUAGCGUUAAGAAUAGGAACAAAAAUAAAAAUGGAAGCAAAAAGAACCGCCCGUCCAGUCCGGCUAAGUCACGCUCACCACCCUCGCUGGUCGAAACCGACUCGGAAGAAACCCACCACCAUCAGCAGCUGUAUGAGGAAGUACAAAAGGAUGGCCUGCUGGUCGCCGGCCAGCACAAUCAGCACCAGCACCAGCAGGAGCACUUCCAACGGGCAGCGGCGGCUGCCACGGCCGAACUCGGUCUGAUUCAGACCACCAAAAUGAAACUGUCCCAGAAUCGGUGGGUCUGGCGAAUCACCAAGAUUGCCGUGCCGGUGCAGUUGGCCCUGGUGCUGGUGAUGUGUGCCGCUUGCUUCUUCGAACCGCACUGUUGCGAUGCCCUGAACACCUAUUCGAUGAGCUUUACGCCCCAGUUGCGCUACAUUAAGGGUCCACCGCCGGUUUGAACUUAAAAAAAAGCGGACACUGAAACGUUAAACACAAAAAACAAACAAACACACAGACACACACAAGCAGGUUUUCCUUCGCGCAAAGUGAAGGGAACGUGAACUUUUUGUUUUCUUAUUUUUAUGCGGAUAAUUUUUUUAUAUCCUGGAGAUAUAGCAACUUGUGCAUUAGCUAGUGUUUAAGGAGAUAUCGUUUUUAUAUCAGAUCAUAUUUAUGAACAAACAAAACAACCAGAUUUAUUUUCUUUAUCGGCAUAGGUGUCGUAGAAGCACACACACCCAAACAGACACGAAGAUCGAACGAGAGUUGGAGUGCUCCCUACAACUGUGCAGCAGGUAAAUACAACCCUAUUUGUAUUCAUACUAUUUAUUAGUUGGUAAGAUAAAACCUUUGAGGGGAACAUAAAAAAUUUAAAAAAAAAGAGAGUAGAGAGCCAAGCCAUCCGGUCGUUGUCGUGUUGGCAAAAUUUAAUUUCACUAUCGGUAGAGAUAUCUAUUUUGUAAAGCUACAAAAAUAAAUGAAUGCUGCGAGUGAAGGAACCGACACAAAACGAACGUGCCUUCAGCGUAUGAAGCAAAACAGAAAAAAAACUUACCAUAGCGUUAAACUCUAGUAGCCUAGUAAGUGGGAUGGUCAACUAGAUCACACUUCGCUUUCAAAUAGCGGAAUACACGUUCCUGUCAAAUAACAAAAAAAAACUAGAGAAAAGAGCUACACUAACUACUUUUUUCCUACCAACUUAUUUUUCAAACAACCUAUAAAAUUAAUCUAAAUCUGUGCUAUGGUUUUUUUUGUGUAAGAAAUGUAGUACCAUUUUUGUUUAAAUUUUUCAACUUUCGGCAGUCAUUUUUGCCACCAACCACUGGUUAUCUGUACAUUUUUGGGAAUUCAUCGAGACCAUACCUAAUACCUUCUGUAGGGUUAAAACACAAAACUAUUCUCUAACAUUCUUCGAAACACACGUUCGUUCAAAAAACUGUUCAUUAAAUGGGACAUGAUAUCGAAGGUAACGCAUUUUUCGCGUGUUUGUCCCGUGUUUGAAAGCUACUAGCCCCCCUGUAUUCUUUUGAUUGAACGAAGAAGAUUAAAAAAACCUUAGCGGAAGAAAGAGACGUAGCAAGUGGAGAGGUAAACUACAUGAAAAUAAAUGUUUAUAUUUUUAAUCAA